AUGGCGGAUAACGCUGAGAACGGCAGUCCUACGCAGCCCGGCCCUGAUGUGCCGCCGCAAGCGACCGAGCACCUGAACAUCAAAGUGACCGACAACAAUAACGAGGUCUUCUUCAAGAUCAAGCGGAGCACGAAGCUUGAGAAGCUCAUGACCGCCUUCUGCGAGAGGCAAGGGAAGACCCCAAAUUCUGUUCGGUUCCUCUUCGAGGGACAGCGUGUCCAGCCAACGGACACGCCGGACACUCUGGAGAUGCAAGAUGGGGACACGCUUGAAGUCCACCAGGAGCAGGUUGGCGGUUGCUGA